AUGGCAAUGCUCCCACAUCAGAUGUGCGAGAGCGAGGCGCUGAAGAAGUUUUUCGUGAUGUAUUUUGUCGCUCAUGACAUUAUGGGUCGAACGGGAGCAGAAGAUUCCUUGGAGAUGGGACAAGAGGACCAUUCAUGGCUGGAGGACGAUGAUCUUGAAGAGGUCAUGAAAAUGCGUCAGAUUUCACCACAAGAAGUCUCGACUUUCAAUGCGGCGAGGAAUGCCAUUGAGACCGAAUUACGAGUUCUCCACCAAAAGCUACCAAGCUACGCCCCCCUCCAAGAAGACCUCUUACGUAUUGCCGAAACGAAAAGACUCGCAGCGAUCUUAUAUCUGCGCGAACGCCUGGGAAGUCCGGCUGGUCUUUGCUACUUUUAUCCGCUUGAGAAGUUUAGUCGGCACUACAAGCAUGACCCUGAGCAUCAGUAUAAUAAUAGAGGAAACCCAUCUCUCGGCAAUCAGGUCACUACUUCAGGUGCCGUGGAGACGUCGCCCUCAGGAUUCAAAGCCCGAAUCAUCAGCAUGAUAAUAAGCCUGAUAGAUACGCUCCCCGACUCUCCUACACUGCUAUGGCCACUGUUUAUUGUAGGUAACGUAGGGUUGGAUGAUGAACAGCAUCGCCGUUUUGUGCUGGAUAGAUUAACGAGCAUUCAGAAGACGCGCAAUUUGGGCAGCGUUCGAAGAGCGCGAAUGGUCGUUGAAAAUGCAUAUCGUGCAAAGGAUAUUGAUUUCCCGCGAGGCAAGGUUUGGGGAGACAAUGAGCCAGGGGUUAUUAGCUUGGCAUGA